UUGAUGAAAAACAGAAAAAAAUCGGAAAUUCCUUGAAUUACUUUUUAUUCUAUGUCCGUGUUUCAAUAAAUAGAAUUCAAGAAGUUGUCAGUAAAACGCAGAGAUUUUAUAAAAACUCGUCAAAGAUGUCCUGCAAGAAAAAAACUCAAACUGAUAGAAAAGUAUCUACAAAGAUAAUAACAGAAAAAAACAGUACAGACCUUUGUGUUCCUCAAGACACCUGUGGACUUAAUGUUUGUCUAAAGGAUCAGACUGACCUAGCAGACUUAUCCACUCUUGGGGAUGAGAACCAAGAUACAGAUUCUCAUCAUUUCACCAGUGACCAGUCCAAAGUCCAGUCAGAUGAGGUUGAAGGUCCACUACUUGGUGAUCAUGAAACUCAGGAGUCAGAAGGUGGAGAAGCUGAUCUACACAAAUAUCUUGUGGGCUGUAAGAAGAAUCCAGGUCAUAGACAGUUUAUACCUGUUGAUACAUUCAACUUGAAACAUUUACCUGAAGGUUUUCAAGACAAAGAUUUGUAUGAAUGCAUCAAAGUUAUAGCUGACCUCAAAGCUAGAGUUAGUGUGGAUAUGUCAAGUCCAGACAGACCAGAGUUUUAUCCAAAGACAACUCGACCAUAUCCAUUUUAUAACAUGAGUGAGAGAAGAAACUUGAGGACAGGAAGUGGAAGAGUGUGGUUUGUAAACAAGUUUUAAGAUGGAGUCAGACAAGAUGGACGUUAUGGAGGUUCUGCAUACACAAAGUGUUGGUGUAGAAAAUGUGAAGGUUCAAACUCACCCAGCAAUGUGUGGUGGGAGUUUAAUGUCUUACAAAUGUCUAACAAAUGUAAUAAAAUGUAUUACAAAUGUAUUACAAAUGUAUUACAAAUGUAUUACCAAUGUAUUACAAAUGUUUUACAAAUGUCUUACAAAUGUCUUACAAAUGUCUUACAAAUGUAUUACAAAUGUCUUACAAAUGUCUUACAAAUGUCUUACAAAUGUCUUACAAAUGUAAUAAAAUGUAUUACAAGUGUAUUACAAAUGUAUUACAAAUGUAUUACCAAUGUAUUACAUUUAUUCUUGAAAAGAUAAGAUACUUCACAGAUUUAGAUUAAGACUUUGAGUAACGCCGCCGAAAAAAACAUCUAUUCGAAAAAUAAUAUUUUUUAAAAAAGAAAGCUCAUUUGUAAGUGAUACAUUUUGUUCAAUAGGCAUGUUUGUAAUUUGGUUUGUUACAGAACUAUAACUCAAAGCUCUAAACAAACAUUUUGGAAGUGGGAGGAGAAAUUAAGUGAACCAAUUAGAUUUUACAUUUUUUGCAUUUUUAGUAUUCAAGCAAAAAUUGUGAGUUAUUGUCCUAAUUUCUUUUUUUUUUUACAACAGAAAAAUAUCAGUUUGAGUAAUUGUUGGAAAGAUGACUAGGAAAAUAAUAUUUGGGUUCAGAACUCAUCUCAAUUGUUACUCUUAUUAUAAGAAAUUUCGUAUGAAUUCUAAAUUUUCCAAAACAAAGUCUUUCUUAAAAUAACUCAAAGUCGUAUACACUGACGUAAACUCUGUGACCACAUUUGACUUUUCUGUUUUAAAACGUCAUAUUUUCAUCUGGAAAGAGGAGAGAACGGUAGAGUGAAAACGUUAAUCCUCGUUCCUUUUUAUAAUUUCUGCUAAUGACUGCAUUUGGCAUUAAAGAAUAGGGGGUGGGGCGACUCGAUAAAAGAAUUCAAUUUUAGCAUAUAUAAAUUAUAUUAGUGACACUUUUUUUUUAUUUUGUAAUUUCUUAACUAAAAUACAAAAAGAAAAAAGUAUUGGUUUGUCCGAUGGUCGGGCGAUCGCAUGUAAGGCCCCUCCCACCUGGAAAAACCCUUUUUCCUUUUAUAUUUACUUAUGAUAACAUUUGAGAUCAGAUAGUGUGUCCGACAUUAUAUACAAAUGGAUUAAAACAUCAAUAUAUAACUUCUUUUA